ACCCUUUACACACCCUAUAUUUAAUCUUCAACUCUUUCCACUCUUAUUUGUUGUUUAUUAUAUGUAUAUCAUCUCUUCUUAUGAGAUGAAUCGUUUUUAGUUUCUUCUUGUUCAUACUCUCCGUUUUCAUUGGACACAAUUGUAAAUUGAAUUUUGUGUUUUAGUUCUUGCUAUUAUGGCUUUUGUUGAAAACCAAUACAACCAAUUUUCGUUCCAAACACGAGACUCCGACGGAACUCCCAUGGAUUCGACGUCUUUCGACGCUGCAAACGAUGAGGAAUCGGUUGUUUCCGAUUGCGAAAGCAGCGUCUCUGGUCCCUCUUUUGAUCAGCCUUCCCUGUCAAACAAUGGGUUGAUUCGGUUGUCCCGUGGGGACAAAGCGCAUGAUGUUAUCGAGAAAAGGUUUCUCUCCAAUUUGGGUUCUCUGGCGGCUCAUACCAAUGACUUGACCAUCCAGAAGAAUUGUUUCUCUGGCUUUACUUGGCAGGCAAGGCUGAAAUCUUUCCAGAUUUUCACCAAGGCAAUGGAGAAAAAAUGCGGCGGCGAUGCCAAUAUUAAGUACGCUUGGUGCGCUGCCACUAGGGACGAAAUUUCUAGGAUCGUUGAGCAUGGCUUUGGCUAUAGCGGGUUGCCCAAAAACAGCAGUUUGUAUGGUCAUGGCGUCUACCUUUCCCCCGAUGGUUCUCCAAUGGAGAGUGUGAAGAAUACCAUCGUUGAUAGUAAUGGGAUGCGGUAUUUGAUGCUCUGCCUCGUAAUAUUGGGGAAGGCAGAAUUGGUACAGCCUGGUUCUACGCAAUGCCAUCCGAGUUCAGAUGAGUUUGAUUCCGGCGUCGACGACUUGUCCACGCCGAAGAAAUAUAUUGUGUGGAGUACGCAUUUGAAUACUCAUAUAUUGCCGGAGUACAUCCUGAGUUUCAGAGCUCCCUCGUCUUUGAAAGGGUUGCUUGGGAUGCAAGAUAGGUUGAAGAUGCCGACUUCACCAUGGAUAUCAUUUCCUGCUCUGAUAUCUGCACUUACCACGUUCUUACCUCCAACUGACAUGAACUUGAUCUCCAAGUAUUAUAGGGAUCACAGGGAUAAGAAAAUAUCAAGGCGUGAACUCAUACAAAUUUUAAGACAAUUAGCCGGAGACAAAUUGUUGAUUGCGGUCAUCAAUUCAUCUAGGACCAAGCAAUACAAAGCACGAGUGAGCAACCGCUGAAUGGGGGCGCAAGGCAGAUAGAUGAUGAUGAAAACCUGGAGUUUCUUUUCUGUUAGAAACUUAAAUGUAUUCUGUUGUUUUUUAAUUGAUCGAGGAUAAGUAAAUAUGUAGACUCCAAAUUUUGCAGUUUCUUUUCAGAAUACGACUUCAUUUUCAUGUUUUA